AAAGUAUUAAACUUGAUAAUGGAAUUGCUGUAAGAAUAGGAAUUGAUGCGGCAUUAGCUGCUGUAAAAAUGUUUGAUAAUAUUACUUCAUAUUCUUCACCAACUACACCUAUAUUAAAAUCAAUAGUAUUAGAUCCUAAGAAUCAGAAAUUUGUAUAUAAAAUUGGGAGACAAUUUUUGAUGUUACCAGCUGGUAACCCAUUUUAUAAAUAUAUUAUUAGAAAUGCUAUUCAUAUAUUAGAUGUUUGGAUUCUAAGUGGGGAAGAAGAAAGACCAGCGUACUUAUGUAAGUCCCUUCAAAAUUUAUCCUUACUAAUUAGUCAAAAUGAUGCAUCAAUAACACAAGCUUUAAUACCAUUAUCAGCUUCAUCAUUUACAAGUAUAUAUUUAGAUGCAAAUGUAUAUUUUAGAAGAUAUAUCGAAUUAUUAAAUUUGGUAUUUAAGGAUCAUUUAUUCUUAACGAUUACUAGAGGAAUAAUAAAUAUUGAAGUAAAAGUACAAAUUUUUAUUUAUCAAGAUGUUUUAACUUUGUAUCAUUUGAUUAUGACUAAAGGCUUAAUUGAAUUAGAGUUAGAAACUUGGUAUUUAUAUAAUCAUGAGAAUAAUACUUAUAUCACUUUUGAACAUUCAGAAAAGGAUUAUGAAUCAAACUGUUAUGUAUGUUCUGAUUUCUUUUGUAGCUUUAACUGA